AUGCCCCUGAACUACUCCAAAUGGGAUCAGCUUGAGCUCUCAGAUGAUUCAGACAUCGAGGGACACCCGAAUGUCGAUAAGAAGUCACUCAUUCGAUGGAAGCAGCGGGACAUCCACGAGAAGCGCGAGCAGCGCAAUAUGCGCAUCGCGGCGCUCGCCGCCGAGAUCGACUGUAACGAGAUCCUACUCGCGCGCCUGAAGAAGCUCCAAGAUGAGCUCACCAACUCGACCGAUAUGCCCGCAGCCAAACGCUUUUCCAAUGAAGUAGAUCGUCUGCGCACAUCGCCCUCACCAGAAGCACCGCCUGUCGAAUCCGCGCAACCAGUGCCGUACGACGAGAUGAUCAGACGAUUGUUGGAGGUCGUAGCGAACGAGGCGCGGGAGGACGUUGAUAAGAAGGGGAAGAAGGGGGAUGAGGAGAAGUUGGGAGAGGUUAUAGGCGAGAGGCUCGCGUAUCAUAUUGAGAAGCUGGGUGGGGUGGUUGAGACGAGUAAGAAGGAGAAGACGCAGUUGGAGGAGGAAAAGAAGAAGACGAUCACGACGGAGGAUAUGCAUGAGGGAUGGGACAGCAAGUAUGUGCCUGCGAAACCUGAGCCUGCACCGGUUGUGAAGCCCAAAGCAAAGGCAAAGGAGACGACGCAGACGAUUGAGACGUUGAAUGCAACCUCUUCAUCUUCAUCUGCUCCGGCAGCGUCCUCCUCAAGCGCCGGUGCCGACGACGUAGAUGACCUACCUACGAUGACGCCCGAGCUGAAGGAGUUCGCGAAGCUGCCGCUUUGGGACUUCCAGCGGAGCUGGGACUUCAUCAAAGAGCAUCGUGCCGUAGUCGUCGAGGGCGCAAGCGAUGCGCUGCUUGUCGAGGCAUUUGAGGCUGAGACGCGCGGUGACAAGAAGCUUGCGAAGAAGGCUGUUCAUCAGAGUCUAUUGCUACAAUACGGCGACAAGUUGGGUACGGAUGGUCUGAAACUCUUCUUCCAGAGGAUGAUCUCUGGCGGUCAGAAGGCCCACGCUGUAUUCGCAAAAGACGUCGAAGAGACGUACGCGCACAUCGCCAUGCGCGUCGAGGCCACAAGGGAGGAGACGGCCAACAUCGAUCCCGGCGCCGAGCAAAUCCAACUCGUCGCAGAGAACCCGGGCGUCGAGAUCCAUUUCAACGUGCCAGACGGUCCUCCGCCCGAGCAUCUUGUGCUCGAAGGGCCCGGUACAGAAGGUCUUGACAUCGAGGAAGUCCGCAAGGCGCUGCAGAGGCGCUGGGACAUCUUCUCGAGCUUCAAACCCGAGAUGCAGACGGCUUUGGCGGGAGGGAAUCUCGACGAUGUGAAUAGGGAGCUGGGGAAGAUGAGUGUUCCGGAUGCGGAGGAGCUUGUGGCGCAGUUGGACGAGGGCGGGAUCUUGAGCUUUGCUGAAGGUGGUAUCCGCGAUGAGACGCAGGGAGCGGGAGACGAGGAAGAGGCGGAAGAGGCGGAGGCUGCUGCGUAG